GAAAGCCAGACAAUCUAGAGACACGGCAUCCAGACACUAUUAACCCUACAGACUCACUUAAUUCUCUACAGGUACCGGAGCAGCGUUAAAUUUUUAAUCCAGGAUGUGUUAUCAGUCAAUUAAGUUUUAUUUUUUUACUCCAUCAUAAGAGGCAGAAAAAUGGCUUUGGAAGCGCAUUGUGAGAACCUAUGUUUGUUUCUUAAGAAGAGUAGGCUCCAAAAUUCUUGUUUUUUCAGAUUUUCUUGCUGAUAACCUCUUGGGAUCACCUGAGUCUUUACUUUGCUAUUCUUUCCUGGACUACCAUCUGUUCUUGUUUGGACUGUCCUAAACUGCAUUCAGCAAUGCUGACUGAACUGAACUGUGGAGGCAUGUCAUUGGGGUCAGAUGUCUGCGAUCUGACCCUUUUACCACCAGCACCCCCUGUGCCAUCCUUACCAGGAGCUGGAGCGAUACCUGUUGGCGGUGGCCAAUGGACCCAGCUGCUGGACCUUCACCCUGGCUCUCCCUACACCUCCCUUAACUCCCACCACUCCCUCAUAAAGCAGGAGCCCGGCUGGGGGUCCUGCGACCUAACAGAGGACCCUCAUUGUGGACUUGGGGCGUUCACUGUGCACUUCUCUGGCCAGUUCACAGGCUCAGGCCCCUGUCAGGUCGGCACCUUUGGGGAGACAGCCGCGAGUCAAAGGAUGUUUUCCACCGGGGCCUACCUACCUGGCUGUGUGGACAGCCCCCCUCUAACCAGGAACCAAGGUUAUGGAGCAGUUGGUGUAGACAGCAACCCCAGUUAUGGUCACACACCCUCCCAUCACACUCCUCAGCUCUCCAGCCUGUCCUUCAAGCACGAGGACACGCUGUCACCGCCGAACAGCAUAGUUGAGCAGCAGUAUCCCACACCAAAUCCCAUGUUUGGCUGUCACAGUCCUCCAGAAUCUUGCCCAAGCAACCAAGCUCUACUGCUGAGAAACUACAACAGUGAUAACCUGUACAAAAUGGCAUCUCAGCUGGAAUGCGUCACAUGGAACCAAAUGAACACCCUGACAUCGACAAUGAAGAGCUAUGACAGUGACCCUCCAGCUCCAGCUCCAGCCCCAGCCCCACCCAUGCUCGUCAGUGCACAGUACCACAUUCAUACACAUGGUGUCUUCAAAGGACUUCAGGAUGUUAGACGGGUGCCCGGUAUUGCUCCUCCAGUGACAAAGUCCACAGAUACCAGCGAGAAGCGCCCUUUCGUGUGCACUUAUCCCAGCUGCAACAAGAGAUACUUCAAGCUGUCCCAUCUGCAGAUGCAUGGCCGAAAACAUACAGGUGAGAGGCCUUACCAGUGCGAUUUCACAGAAUGUGGCCGCAGAUUCUCUCGCUCAGACCAGUUAAAGAGACACCAACGUAGGCACACAGGAGUGAAGCCCUUUGAAUGUGAGACGUGUCAGAGAAAGUUCUCACGGUCAGACCACCUUAAGACACACACUCGGACUCAUACAGGUAAAACAAGUGAGAAGCCCUUUACCUGCCGUUGGCCAAACUGUCUAAAGAAGUUUGCCCGCUCUGACGAGCUGGUGCGCCACCACAGCAUGCACCAAAGGAACCUGACCAAGCUGCAGCCUGCCAUCUGAGCAGCAAGAGGCUGGGGAGUAAAAUGAAGAAGAAGGUGACAAUAUGUUGCGCUAGCUCGCAGAGAAACACGCCUGGAGCCUGGUCAGCAGUUUAGGAUGACCUGCCAGACUUGAUGAAGCAGUGAGAACAGCUGACACCCGCAUCAGUCAGACAUAUGAUGCCAGAAGAACAGACUCACUAAAAUCAUCAGGAUACUCCUCAGCUGGGGCUUGUAAUGGUUGUAUAGCAUUAAAACUCAGCGAUUGGGAGGAUAGAGUACCACAGAAAUUCUGAGCCAAGAAUAUUUCUGCUGUUAAUAGGCGAUGAGGAAAACACUUAAUACACUAUUAUUCUUCCAUAUACUUGCACUGUUUUAUAUGACGUUUGAUUUGUUUGAUGUUGAAAAUGUUUUGGACUUUGCAUUAAGAUUAAGAAAAAGGACUUUUCUACCCCACUUUUUUUAUCAACAUUUUUAUAUGCUUUAAAGUAGAUGUUACUCACCAAAGCUGUAUAUAUGGUAUGUGGUGCCUUUUUUGUAACAUUGUAGACAUUCCUUAGGCAAUAUCUGUGUCAUUUCAUAAAGCAAAGUUCACAUCA